CAACAACGGACGAUUUCUCCCCGUGGAUCAAUACUGAAUCUAAUAAAUCUCCUUUCAAUUCUCUUUUUUUUAAUUUUUAUUUUCAGGGACAUAAACAAGAUCGAUGAUCUGAUGGAUGAUAUCACAGAGCAACAGGACGUGGCCCGAGAGAUCAGCGAGGCAAUCUCUGGACCUUUUGGGGAGACAUACGACGAGGAUGAGCUGAUGGCAGAGCUGGAAGAGCUGGAACAGCAGGACAUGGAGGAGAGCAUGGGCGAACUACCCAACGUGCCCAGCUCCAAACUGCCGUCAGCACCGUCCCGCCAACGCGCAAGUAAGUCCAGACCUCGAUUAGACAAUUUGACUUGAUAGUGAUGGUGGAGACGAGGGGAGAGAGAGAUGGGGAUCC